AUGGAGUCGUCCUUCGUAUUACCUGACUCUACUGACUGGCUGACGACGUCCCUCCCCGCUUUCGAACCUCUCGAAGCCGCGCUUCGCUGCGAAGUGUGCAAAGAAUUCUACAACAACCCCGUCAUUACCUCUUGUGCGCAUACUUUUUGCUCCCUAUGCAUACGAAGAUGCAUUGCGACCGAUGGCAAAUGCCCCGCGUGCAAGUCUGCCUGCCAAGCCGACAAACUGCAACCCAACAUCGCGGUGCGUGAGAUCGCAACGAAAUUCGAAGAGGCGCGUCCCAAGGCGCUAGAACUAGCGCGUGCGAAGGUUAAUGACGACGAUGAGACAGCCGCUCUGGUUAGCGGGCGGAAGAGAAAGCGCGAGGUGGCGGAUGGAGAAGAGGAGGGAAGAAGAACGACACGGUCGAGACAGACCAGGCGAAGUACGAGGCUUGGCAACGAGGACAGCAUGACCGACGAUAUGCCUGUGGUAAUACCGGAUAGCGACGAGGAGAAGGAGGAUCAGUACAUACCGGAGGGCAUGGUGCCGUGUCCGAUAUGUAAGAAGCCUAUGAAGGAAGAGGCAGUCUUCAACCACAUACCAGUCUGUCCGGCCGCGCAGGAAGACGACGGGGCGCGCAAGAGAAGGUCAAGGAAGAAUGACGCUUUGCCGAACCCACUGCAAACUCGAAAGAAAGACACCGGACCACCGCCGACGCGUCUUUCCGGCCUCCACUACCCGAUGCUGAACGAUAAAGCAUUGAGAAAGAAGUUACAAGAACUGGGCAUACCCUCUUGGGGAACGAAACCACAAAUGAUAAAACGACAUCAGGAAUGGUUAAAUAUCUACAACUCGAAUUGCGACGCGUCGGACGCUGCAAGAAAGCCGAAACGGGAGCUAUUGAAGGAAUUAGAAGAGUGGGAACGUACACAAGGCGGCAGGGCGAAUCACAAAGAAUCACACAUAAUGCAGAAAGACUUCGAUGGGCAAAACCACGCUACGGCCCACAAGGGCCAAUUCGAUGACCUGAUCGCCAACGCAAGAAAGCACGCAAAAGCCACACCAAGAGCGACCAAUGAAAAAGGGGAUACUGUUCUGAAUGGCAACUCUGGUACCGAUUUACAACCACAUUCCCAUAGCACAGACCCCACUCCUGAUCCACCGCGCCCUUACGAAAACAACGAAUCCGCGCUCGCGACUAUCAGGCAAAAAGUGGAGGAAGCGAACCGUACCGACUCCGCCUUCCCACCCCUGGACCAUAACAUAGAAUAUGCGAACAGAAAGGCAGCGCAGGAUGAAAGCCUGCAAGAGCCAGAAGUACCAGUAGGCUUCGCAUCCUCACCUGGAAAUCCGCUUGGGAGUCCAACAAGGAAGGUGCCGAUGUUCAGGAUGCCAGAGGAACCGGUGGUGGACGUGGAAAGUUCGACCACGACGCAGUAG